UUAGAGCAGGUAAUAAUGAUUAACUUGAGUCUGAAUAGGUCACAAGUGUCCAUUGUGCAUCAUGGGUGAGUGUUGUCAUAUCAAACAGUGGUGUAUUGUAAAUACUGGGCCACCAAGAGGAACAGGAGUUUAACUUGCUUUCCUUCACAAGUACUUAAGGAUUUCUGGCAGACUGCCAUUAAGUCAACAUUCUGUUUCUGUGAAGAAAUGUUUUAAUAAACUUGACUAACUUCUCUCCUCCUACAGAUCUUACAGUGGAAGAUUUAUCAGGAAGGAUGAAUCACUCCUGUGUAAACUGCUUGAAAACUCUGGUGAUAAAUCUCAACUUUCUCUGCUGGCUGUGUGGUGCAUUCGUGGUGGCUUUCGGGGAAUUCCAGAUGAUGAACUCCAAGUAUGCCUCCCUCGUUACCAGCUUCUGGCCCAUCUUCCCCGCCAACACUGUGGUGGUCACUGGUACCAUCGUUACUUGUGUGUGUUAUGUGGGAGUGUUAGGAGGCAUGAAGGAGAACCGCUGCAUGCUCAUCAGUUUUUUCAUCCUGAUGUUUAUUCUGAUGCUGGUGGAGCUGGCCAUGGCCUGUGUGUUCCUGGUCUAUAGCAGAGAGAUUAACACAUACUUUGAGAAAGACCUGAUGCAAAGCUUGGAGAUCUACAGAGAGUCCAGUCCAGAAGGCAACAAGACCAUUAAAGAUGACUUUGAUGCUGUCCAGCACCUGUUUAGGUGCUGUGGAGUUCAUGGUGUAGCUGACUGGAAGGGGAACGUCCCAAUCUCCUGUUGUAUCAAGAACCCCUGUAACGCCCUCAUCCACAACAACUGGCAAGAGGGCUGUCUCCUUAAACUGAGGAACUGGUUUUCCAGAAACUAUCUCAGCACAGGCGCAGGCGUUGUCACAAUGUUUAUCAUACAGUUUGUCUGUCUGUGUAUCACCAUCCCUGUCUUUUGCCACUUGAUGCGACGUGGACUGGGUUACAAGUAAAAAAGGACCUAUCUACAAUGUACAGCGACUUUCUGCAUAUCAAGAGGUUGCCUUUCCCUGUAUCAACUUUUUAUUAAUUACUACAAAUGCCCAAAAGGUUGCUGCCAUUUUCAGCCAUCAGAAGGGGGAGACAACCUCGGAGAAAUAGCCCUAGCUCUUUGAGCAGGAAUAAGGUUAGGGUGGCAACUUAUUAUCGUUAUUGAUAAUGUCAUAUGAGGUGACAGACCAUAUAAUGUGAUAAGGAAAAGAUAGUAGAAGGCAUUUAGCUAGUAGGUAAGGUAUAACAUGAUUAUAUAAGACCUAUCCUAACUAGACCUCUAGAGAUCAGAUCCCCCAAUGAGUGCUUAACAAGAUGAUAUACACCACUUUCCACACUUGAUAUUCCCAGUAUGUUGGACUUCAAGAAUAUUUCAAACAAACUAGAGUUAGUUAAAUCAAACUUGGACAUUUUGAAAUCCAAAAAAACAGUCUCAUUGGAUCUUUUGAGCCUAUGAUCAUUAUUAAACUCCCUUAUCCAUUUUUUCAGUUUUC